AUGUCCGAGGAGACGGCGUUGAAGUUCUGGCUCCAUCAGCUUGGCUGUGUCGCGAGUAUUGUUUACUAUUGGGUGUUAAGCGUGCUGGAGAAGGUGACGCCGUUGGAUUGGUGGCCGGAGAAGGAUGUGAGAGGAAAGACGGUGCUGAUUACUGGAGCUGGAAGGGGAUUUGGAAGACACUUUGCGAUAGAAUUUGCCAAACGAGGGGCCAAUUUGGUGCUUUGGAGCAGAAGUGAAGGACCGUUGGUGGAGACAAAGGAGCUGGUUGAAGGCCUAGGAGUAAAGGUAGGUCUUUGUAGUAAAAGAUCCGCCCAAAUCUAAUGCUGCUCCACAACUGAUCGCUUUAGGUCUUAGCCGCAACUGUAGAUAUUUCCAAGCGAGCCGAAGUCCAUGAAGCCGCCGAAGAAGCAAAAUCCAAAUUUGGACAUGUUGAUAUUGUCAUCAACAAUGCAGCCGUCUGUUGGGCCCAUUGUACAGCCACACUUGAUCCAGAUGAACUUGAUAGCUUCAUCAAAACCAAUUUCCUAUCCACUCACUAUGUGAAUCAUGAAUUUCUCCCCGAUAUGAUCGAAAGAGACGAAGGCCAUAUUGUUGCGAUUUGCUCGGCCUCCGGAAUAAUUACUAUUCCGUUUCAAACGGCCUACGCUUCUUCAAAAUUUGCAUUGAACGCUUAUAUGAACUGCUUGCACGCUGAGUUGCAAGCGCUAAAAAGUAAUGUCAAAACGACCGUGAUUUCUCCGUAUGUCACGCAGACGGAGAUGACCAAAGACUUCAAAACUUCAACGUAAGUUUUUGAUCAAAUGUUAGCAUAUGAUUGGCUGUUUCUUUUAGAGUCCCAAGACUUCUUCCCGAUCUGACGACCGAUUAUGUGAUCCACCGGGGUGUCCAUGCUAUUUUGACAGACCAGACAGAGGUCUACAUUGGAAGGUUUUGGUACCUCAUUAAGAUCUUUUUGGCGUAAGUGUUACAUAAAAUUGAAAAUCGUUUUUCUACUUGUCAAAGAUCGUAGAAUAUCUCGAUGUCCGCAGCAACCGGCGAGCUACAAUUUUCGAAAAUUGAUAGGUGGGCAGGCCUAAUGGUUUGUGAAGAAUAUAGGUCAAAUCGGGGUUGGGAUACUUCUGUGACUGGCCAAGAAAACCACAGGUUUUUAAAAAUUGGAUAGACCUACAAUUCUUGAGCGAAAAAUAAAUCUUUCGAGAAGCAUGUCAAACUUUUGUAUGUCAAUUUUUUUCGGCCGCUUAUCUUUUAUAUUUCGCCGAAAAUAUCUCGUCAAUUUUUUUCUGUUGCACUUUUUGAAAUCUUGCUUGUAUGCGAAGUUCAAUCACCUCACUCGAAAUGAUGACACAAACUUAUUCGUCCAAUUUCAGCUGUGUUCCAUACGCAUCUGCCUACCACUUCAUGCGACUUAUCGGCCUGGAUGGCCUCUUGCUCCAGAUGGUGGGAAAUAAAAUUCCGCAGAAACUCACCAACAACAACAAUGUUGAGUGA